UCAAUUUGCUUUUACUUUCGAUUUACGGAAAUCGUUGUGCGAUUUACUUUUCAUUAAAAUUGAGACAAUGUCGAAACACAGGGAUAAGAAUAAAAAAAAGAAAAGCGAUAACAAUCGAUGGGUGAAAUCGGAAAACAAAGAAGAGACAACGGCUGAACAAGUUGAAACUAUAUGGAGUGUCAUAGUUAAACGUUUGCUGUUCAUCUUUCAAUGGAUACCUUUUUUCCAACAAAAAGGCGAUGUCACAAGAUUAAACAAUAUAAAGAAUACCAAUGCAUCAUCUUCCAAACAUCAACGCGUCGAUGACCAAGAUCAGAUGACAAAGGAAAGUUUUGAAAACAGAGCCGCCGAACUUCUGCAACAAAACAAGGAACACAGUAAAAAUGAGACUCAAAUAGACGCAACUGUUAAUUCACAACAAAACCAUAUCGCACAACUUACCAAACUCAAUGAAGACCUGGAAAAGAAGCUUAAGCAUGAAGAAGAGAAGUAUGAACAAAUUAAAACAACGAAAGAAAACUUCAUAGAUAAUUUGGAAACAAAUAAAAGCGCACUUACUGAUAAAAUAAAAGAGCAAAAUGAUCAAAUAACAUCAUUGGAGAACGAAUGUACGAAAUGUACGACGAAAAAUGCAGAACUUACAGAACUAAGCUCAAAACUUGCGAAAGAACUUAAAGAAAAAGAGGAUAAGUACCAACACAUGUUAUCUGAAAAAGAUAAACAAAUACAACGUAUAGAAAUUACAUUAAAGGAAAGUGGUGCUUCUAUCACUAAAAGCAACGAAACCAUUAAGAACCUCAACGAACAGAAUAUCGAGCUAGAACAAGACAUUGCACAAUUAAAAAAACGCAUAUCGAAGAUGGAAACCGAAACGCAACAUUACAAUACUAUCGUGUCUGAGAAACAUAAUCAAAUCGAAAGGUUAAUGACGAAAAACAAAAACUUAGAAGAGGAAAAGAAAGAUGCAUUGCGAAGGUUAAGUGCAAUGAUGUCGGUAAAACUUCGGGACAACAACCCCAAUAUUGCUGACCUAAGUGACCAGUUCAGACCCACUAAACUCGGGGAACAGUUCUCUGAGCUCUAUGACAACGAAUGGACAGACGCAUUUGAUGCACUGCAGAAUAAUUUUGAAGAGAGACAUGCCAUAAGCAUUCUGUUGGACAUUGUCAUGGAGUCGUAUCAGUUUUGUGACCAACAGCUCGUAGAAGUGUGGACUUUUGCUGAAAAUUGGUUCAUAGACAAGGAUGUUACGACUGCUCAACAAAUAUCAAAGACUCUCAAAGAUGUGCGAAAACAGAAAGUCAUAGGCCGUGUUGAGGACAUUCAACAGAAAUACACAGGGUACCUACUAAAAGUUUGUAAUACUGAACAUCUAGAUAAGCUGAUUACAUCCGAUCCUUUGCGAAAUUUUAUUUCUACUUGCGUACGACUAGCACUACUGAUGACUGCGAAUGAUCCCCCUGUCGUCAUAGAAUGCCCUGGUUGGCAACGUUUUUCUGAACGCCCAUAUCUUAGAGACACUGUUCUACACAGUUCCCCUAACGAUUGUCUAUCUCCAGAAGAGUUAAAUAAUGAUAAAGAAAAGAAGAGUACAAGUAACACGAUUGAUGAGGCUCAUCUAAUUGCGACUCAAAUGAACGACCAUGAAGCAGGAAAAGUUGACAAUAUAUUCUCAAAUCAAAUUAAACAUAAUGCUGAUAAUAUGGAUUGUAUAUUUAGCACCCCUGUCCGAGAUGACGGUAUGAAUCCAAAGUCCAAUCUUAGCGUCGUUCAUGAAACCCAAACAAAUGCAUCAUCCAGUUUAUACCUAGAGAACGAUGUUGAGGAAAAAAUUUAUCCAGCCGAUACAAGCAAAGAACAUGGUCAAGAGUCAAACAAUCUGUCAAAAAUGGAACCAUGCCUUGAUGCUUCACCUGAUGUUAAUGUCAACUUUGAACCAACAGACAGCACACCAGAAAUGCUAUCAAAUAAAAUAAAUGACACUGAUACCCAAUAUGAUGUACAAACAGUCGAGGUGCGAAACGACAAACCGCAAUCGGAGAACGGUUCAAAAGAUGGACCCAUGAGCAACAUCUCUUUUGCAUUGUCAGAACAACGUCAUAAUGCAGACGGACAUUCUGGCGGUCCUAAAGCACCGCAGAAUUCGGAUGCAAAGUUGACCGAAAAAGAGACUAGUCUUAAUGUUCAACGUAUUGGGGAGCCAGUGGAAACAAGAAAUCACUUCGGAAACAAAACCAAAAUAGUUUCGAUUAACUAUGAAUGUAAUUUUGGUACUGACAGUUCACAAAGUCAAGUGGCAAACAGCCCAACAUAUACUGACCCAAAUCUAGAUGCACCAACAGAUGAAAAUGACAAUAUUGAAUUACCUGAGAGCACACAAACUACUCUAUCCAAUUUUAUAGAUGGCUUAUGUCAGCAAAUGGUAGGUCUAUCACUAAAAGUGAAAGAAAACGAAGCACAUCAACACAAGGAAAAUGGCAAUGCAUCAAAGGUAGAUGUAGUUGAGGAUGAGACAUGCGAUACAAAAGAUGGAACCUGGGAAGGGUUGUCAAAUGAAGAGUCAGGUCAGAAUCAUAAUGCAGAAGGACAUACUGGUUGGCCUCCUGAACCGCUUACCUCUGCUGAAAAGUUUACAGAAACAGAGGGCAGUUUUGAUGUUAAGCGUAUUGAGGAGUCAGAAUACACAGGUAACAACGCCAUGACCGCAAAUACAAUUGAUCCGACUGAAUGUUAUGCUGUUACCGACAUUGCGCGGACUCAAGCGUUAGACAGCCCUACAGGUACUAACCCAGACCAAGAUUCACAAACAGGUGAACAUUUCAUUUUUAAGUUACAAGAUAUAUCAGUUGAAGGUACGUGUGAAAAAGGGUCUAGUCAACAUCAAGCCGUCGAGGACGAUGUAGUUUAUGGUCAGAUAAACGAUUCAUAUUUAUCAAACACAAAGGACGGAUCAUUGGCAGGUGCGUCUGAUGUAAAGUUUGAUCUUCAGCAAUGUGCAGAGCGAGAUAUAGACGGUGAUCAGAAAGAAGGUGAAUACAUAUCAGAUAUGAAAGAUGGCCCACUGGAAGAUAUGUCUGAUACAGUACCUGUAUCUUGGCCACAUCAUUGUUCAAUGGAGAAUACACAUGACUCUCAAACUCCAUUGCUUUCAGAUCCACAAUCGACUCAUACAGGGGUCAGUUUUAAUGAUAAUCGUAUUGAAAAGAUCCAGCAAAAUAAAAACGACGUCAAUGGCAAUCGUACUACAGCUGCAACGGGGAAUUCACAUGAUUUGCCAACUGAAGAACUGAAGAAAGUAGAGAGGCCCAUCUUUGAUAAAGACAAAUUUAAAGAAUACACAUCCCGUGGACCGUACGUGGACUACUUCGUCUGGCCGAUUAUAUACCUACACCGAGACGGACCGAUGCUUGGAAAAGGAAUUGCUCAAGGUUCUAAAGAUAAAAUGGCCGAUGGCAGUAAGACACUACUUGUGUCCUGGAAGACGAUGCCCUAACUGUUUACAUAUGCAAACAUAUCUGGAGACAAGCUAUGGAUGGCGGGAUGCAAUUGUUUUGGUUAAACGAAGUGAGCAUUUUAGAAUGAACAGCGGCGCAGCAAUUUUAAUAGUUUUUUAAUGAUGAAUAAACAUGUUUCGGUUUACAUUUGCGUGAUAUAAAAUAUAAGAUGUUUUAAUUACAAGCUUAUCUAUGUUCACUAUUAAUCGAAUUCUUUGAAUGUUGUACCAGCUUGUUCCAGCUUAAAUUGUCAUUAAUGCUGCGAUAAAUCAAUUAUAUUGAUAUUUUAAUCACUAUUUCACUAUACUAGAUUAUUUAUGCACACCUAUCAAAUACGCUUAGAUAAGUCUGUUAAAUAUACAUAAAUCUUUUUGAGAAAAAGACCAGUGAUAACAUUAAUUAAAUUGUCAAGCAUGUAUUUGUUAGUUUCUUAAUAAUGUUUUAUUGCGUUUGUUUUCUAUUUUUAAUGUAUACAUAAUUUUAUAAAAGUCAAGUUAUUUCAAAGAGUUAAAGAAAGCUUGUGAGCCCGAUACCUGCCAUUUAUUCUCUAUUAUUAAUCACGUUACAUCAAUGAACGAUAAAAACUGUAUUGCUUAAAACUUUGCAGUUAUACUAUGAUGUACUUGUAUUAUGUACAAUACACCAUGAAGAACUACGUACAUAAUCGCGAUUUUCUUUCUUAAUCAGGUUUACAGUCAUGAUUAUACAUUUAGUAAAAAGAAUCAUUUUCCAUUAAGCUUUAUUCACAUUUUCGUAUAUUCAGCAAUUUGUUUGAUUAAAUCAUUCGUUAAAAGAGAAUUUAAAUAUGCAAUCAAAAGCGUUUAAGUAUUGCAACUUUGAAAAAUAUGCAUACUUAUGUCUACGAAUAGUGGUGAAAAAAGCUGAUGAUUCUCAAUUAUUUAGUAAUUUACUAAUUUACGACAAACUUCACGACUUACCACAAUUUUACUUCCAAACACAGAACAAAGUACAUUAUAAUUGUACUUAAAUAUUUCUUUCGUAGAUAUAUACAAUGUUGUUGUUUUUUUUAAUUCAAUGAUGCAUGAGAAUGUAGUUUUCAUGAGCUUGACAUUGCUUUAUUAAUAAAUCGAACAUUUGUGGAAAAAUUUGUUUAAUUAGAAUUUAUGAUAUAUUUACUUGAUUUGAUUUUAUAUUGUAUGUUUGCAAUUUAAAUUAUGCAAAUUAUUUAAAGUUGUGCCUUGAGCCAUAUAUUCCAAUUUUAUUGUAUUAGCUUUAGCAAAUGCUUUAGGGAAAAGGGAAAUGUAUAAUUAUUAAAGUAUUAAUAUAUUG